AUGGGGAAGGCAAUCGUAUACGCCAGAACCUCCUCAGAUGAUUCCAGCUAUGCCCAGUCCCGGAAGAGGGCAGAGAUAGUACGGAAACAGGGGAAACACGUCCGCUGGAAACGCAACCCUGUACAGGUGGAGUUCCUGGUAGAGCCCACACUAGAGGAGACCUCCCCCGUCCCAUCAUCCCCAGCGCUGUCCGGAUCCGGAUCAGACAUGACGUCACCUACUCCGGAUCCGGAGUGGACGGAGGAUGCCCGAUCAGUGGAACUCCCUCCCCUACCAAGCCUUCCGGAUUUAGAGUACGGGGAAGAAGAUGCUAAGAAGGAGCAUUCCGACACAGACUUCGAGAAAAAGCAUGACGUCACUGAGGGUGUCCGUUCAGCCAAGACAGCCAUCAAACGGAAACCCAAACCGAAACCGAAAACUUGGAGGGACCUGAUCAAGCCUGUACACAGCGUGCCUGCUACCAGAAGUAGAAGCGCAAACGGUCACGUAGAUGACGUCAUUGAUGACGCACUUCCGGACGAUGACCCCUUAGACUACCUUGCAAAGUACUGUAUAGUUAGACCGAACCGCUUACCGACAUACGAGGCCAUCUUCACCUGGUUCGCAAAAGAACCGGAAGAAGAGGAAGAGGUGAACAAAGGGAGAACAGCCUUCAACCAGAGUAAAAAACUGAAAAAGUCAAGUAAAAAGUCAGCUUCGUCCUCAAGUUUACGUAGCGACAAAGACAGCGGCGAUGACGAGAAGAAAAUGGAACCGAAAGAGAUGUUUAAUGACACGCCUCAGGACUACAAAGAGAAGGUGGCGAGUAAGAUAGCGUUCCUACAGGGGAAACAGGACGACUUACGGGGGGAACUACAUCAACUUAGAGAAAACUUGGUACGGUCCAUAGCCGAAGAAGCGCGCAGACCUGGAGCUCUCUCUGGCGUCAAGACGAAGAAAGGGAAGAAGGGGAAGAAGAAGAGUAAGAAAAGCAAGUCUAAGAAGAGCGGAGCCUCAGCGGCCGGCAGUGCGGUCAGUAAAAACACACAACUCAGGAAGAUGAGCGACAAGGAGCUACUAGAGUCUCUUACUAAACAGGAGAAAGAAAGCUUGGAGUCACUGAUUCAAGUAAAGAGAGUAAGAGCCGAAAUAACGUCACGAGAGGACAGGAUUAAGAAAAUGGAAGCGAGAAUAAAACACCUUCAAGACGAGAUUCGGCGGGCAGACUGGAAGCUAACGAAGCAGAGACAGACAGACCUGAGACAGUACACCCAGUCACCAGGCUUCCGCCGCGCUCAGAGCUCACGGUACCGGACUAUGCACCCGGAAAUAGACGUAGAGUUGGACGUUGAAGACCUGAAAGACGCCUUGUUGCAAGUCAACAGUCAUCUUUCCACUAAAGAACUGGAUUUUAUCAGUCAAGUACUGGAUAUUCCCGGUAGGCGGCGCCUCAAUCUCAAACUGUUCAGCGCCGUCGCUGCACUGUCGGAGAGAAUCACUGAAGUGGAACCUUUCGUGAAGAAGCUGAUUGACAAGAUGGAUUUUGAGGCCCUGGCAGUGAAGAUGGAAAGAUGCAAGGAGAUGUUCCGGCUGCUGUCAGACCAGUAUAACGACACGCCGCCCGGCACGGUCAAGACGCAUGCGCUGGGCGUGGAAAUGGCGGCCGGGGGCCUGAGAAACGAACACAUCAAACGGGUUCUGUGCAAGUUGGACCGGGAGGGAACCGGUCUGGUGGAUUUCCUGACUUAUCUCAUCUACAUACCGCUGUUUAUAGAGAUCCACGAGCGGAUAGUGGACGAUCCGUUAGCCUCGGACCGGUUUAGAUAG